AUGUCCUCCUCAGACACCCAGAAGGACAGUGUUAUGAGGGAUAUAAAUGAGGACAAGCCUCCCAGCGAAGGACGUCCUGGUGACUCAAUAAGUAUCAAGGAAGAUUUCUCGGAGACUAUAGUCAAGGAGUCUACAGAUGUGGAAUCAUUCGAGCAAGCCCUAAAUGUGACCAUGUUCAAAGUGGGGGGACGUAACUGCUGGAAGUGUUCGUACCCGUGUGCGGGCGCCACCUGUUGU